AUGUCCAGUCUACCCCUGCUGAGCCCCGUCGACGACAUUUCCACCCACCCUGUGCCUGCUGCGACUGCCCCCAAGCCACCAAGACCAAUCUCCGCGCCUCCACCCAAUUUUUCAAAGCCCAUAGCUGCCGGCCCUUGCCCAGCAACCACGACCAAAUCUGCCGACACGCAGGAAUCGCAAAAGGGCAUCAACCCUGCCAAUCGAAAGUCGGUCGGCGCGCAAGAACUGCAGGCCAGGCUCAAAGAAAACCGCAAGUCGGUCGGUGCUCAAGAGGUCCAGGCCAGAAUCCAGGCCGCAAGGAGGAGUCUGCCUGCCAGCCACCUGCUGUCCGAAGCUGCUCGACGUCAACUCGAACUGCCCUCGGACCUGAUACACCCAGCCUUGCGCGCCAGGAGCGGAGUCACGCCCAAUUUCGAGCGCUCUCGUAGCCUCAAGUCCAGGCCCCGCGAAGAUCUCUCCAUCGAUGCGGUUAUACGGCGCCUGUCGUCGGAAGUCAGUGCAGAGGCUGCUGGCAGCCAUCUGAAGCUCUCGGGAGAUGUGCCUCCUGUACCAGCGCUGCCUGCGUUCCCACCACCUGCCACUUCUCGUCCACGUCCUCACCAAACGGCAAGCCGCAGGUCUUCCAUGACGACGCGACGAAGUCCGCUUUCCAUUGUAUCGUCUGCAGAUGAUGACUCCGAAGACACCUCAGCGCACACUUCCAGACGAACUUCCACCUCUGCCUCUUCCCGAACCUCCAAAUCCGACGAAUCCAAAAAUGGGGACGAUGACACGCACGAAAUGAUCCGGGUAGUCAGUACGCUCGUGCAGAAAGCAGGGCACGUCAAACGCAAACACGAAUCUGAACCCCGCUCGUCUUCUCAAUCACCUGCCCUUGCACGCGCCAAAUCGCAGCAAACCAAGAGCCGCCGCUCAUGGCAAAUUUCACGAAAAAGCAUCCUCUGCUCUGUUUAA